GGUGCUGUCUCGGUCUCUGACCUGCAAACCAGCGAGAGGAGGAUAAUGGGAACUUCUCCGGCGAUUUUCUCCGGUUGUCUUUUAGUUAUACCUCUCCGUACCUUCGGAGUCCGUUUCGCCGUCGAAUCUUUCCCCCUCCGGCAUUCGAUAUUGGCUUGUACGAGCCGUCUCGUUUCGGAGAAACCCAGUUGGAGAUGGAGCUGCUGCUGCAAAUGUCGGAGAGGAGGAGAAAAUGGGUACACGAGAGAAGAACCUCUGAUUGAAGGAGAAGACUACAUCGUGGUUAAUUUCUAUAGCUUUGUGCUAAUCCGUGACCCUGUAGCUGAGGUUGAGAAACACCUUGCAUUCUUGAAGGAGUUGGACAUCCAUGGUCGGAUAUAUCUUAAUGAACAAGGAAUCAAUGCACAGUACAGCGGGCCAUCGAAAGAGGCUCUUGCUUAUGUUCAGUGGCUUAGAGGAGAUGAAAGAUUCUCCGAUGUGCUCGUCCAGACAUCACCUGCUGUAAAUGGGCAUGCAUUUCCCAAGUUGAAGCUUCGAUACAAACCCUCCCUAGUACAGUAUGAAGGAGGAAUUUCACAUCUUCCACUACUUGAUCCGUCAAUGCGGGCAAAACCCUUAGAGCCGUCCGAAUGGAGAAGAAAGCUGGAACAAGUGAUGGAUAAUGGUGAAGCAGCAUCACCUUCAACCGUUGGCAGCAACUGCAUAUUGUUGGAUGUCAGAAAUGGUUAUGAGUGGGAUAUCGGUCAUUUUCGUGGGGCACUCAGGCCCGAAGUUGAUUGCUUCCGAAGCACUUCCUUUGGGCUAUCCGAAGAAAAGGAUGCUCCUCCAGAAUCAGACCCUUUGACAAACGUUGAUAAAGAAAAGACAGAUAUACUGAUGUACUGUACUGGAGGUAUACGUUGCGACGUAUAUUCAACAAUUCUGAGACAGCGGGGUUUCAAGAACUUGUAUACACUCAAGGGAGGAGUUUCUCAUUAUCUAGAGGAACAAGGCACGGCCGAAUGGGUUGGGAAUCUGUUCGUAUUUGACUCCCGUCUCUCUCUUCCACCGUCUGCCUACAGUAACAGACCCGUGGAUGCAACCUCAAGCAAUCCUGUCUUCGCAAGAUGUUAUAUCUGUGAUUCACAAGUUAACGAAUUGAGACAUCGGAACUGUGCUAACCUUGACUGCAAUCUGCUUUUCUUAUGCUGUGCAGAUUGUGUUGUUGGCUUGAAGGGUUGCUGUUGCCCGAAAUGCACCACUGCUCCCCGACUUAGACCUGUCUUAUACGGAGAACGAAGGUAUCGGAAAUGGCACAUAUACCGUGAUUCAAACGUGCAAAACCCACCGUCGGUGUGAUCCCCCGGAGCCGUGGUUAUGCAAGUUACUCAUGCCUUGUUACCUUAAAUGAGUGCCGUGUAAGAAAUGCUCGAUCAAGAGUGUUCUCUUAUUAAACCAACCCAUUCGGCUUAUUUUAAUUAAUGGAUUGGGGUAACCCAAACCAUUAAUAAUGUAAUAAAAAAUAAAUGGGUUGGAUUAACCCUAUUAACUAAUUUAAACCCAACUA